CGUUCACCAUUUAACCUCAAUCCUCAUUAAUCGCGACUUGUCAAACCACCAUCAUAAACAAGAUUUACCUCUUGCCUUGCAGCUUGAGAUCAUCAGUGAUUCAUUGCGGCUAAUAGUGCUUAUCGAGUAUCAAGCCAUUGAAGUCACCAGUUGCACGGCGAAAUGAGCCUAUCGGGAUACACGGACAUCUUACAGGGCCCCUUGGCACAGUACCUGCAAAUUUCGGAGAAAAUCGGCGGCGAUGUGGCGGAACAGUCCAAGCUGGUAAGCGCCGCCUUCGAGGCGCAGCUCCUCUACCUGAAACUGGCCGCCCAUACAUCGAAGCCGCCCCUUUCCGAAACCACCACCCUGCUAAGCCCGACCAGCCAGCAGAUAACAGCUGUGCAGGAGUACCGGGAGAAGCACAGGACGUCGCCCUUUUUUAUGCAUCUGUCCGCUAUCAGUGAGAGCGUCACCGCUUUGGCCUGGGUGACAGUCAGUCCGGCACCAGCCCCUUUUGUCAAGGAGAUGAACGACGCUGGCCAGUAUUACACCAAUCGGGUGCUGAAGGACUGGAAGGAGAAGGACAAGAACCAUGUUGAUUGGGUGAAGGCCUGGGUCCAGACACUCACAGAUUUGCAGGCCUUUGUUAAGCAGCACCACACGACGGGGCUGGUUUGGGCGGGCACUGGGCCUUCCACCGCGCCUCCGCCGCCGCCCUUCGGCAGCCUUCCACCGCCUCCUGCCAUCGACGCGCUUUCCUUAGCUGCAGGUGAUGCAGGCCUCGACCGUUCGGCGUUGUUCGCUGAAAUCAACUGCGGCCAAAAUGUGACGAAAAAUCUGAAACGAGUCACCGCCGACAUGCAAACACACAAAAACACCGCACUGAGACAGGGGCCGGCCCCAUUCAAGCCCGUGGUGGCUCGCAAGCCGAUAUCCACUGUGUUGACUGCCAAGCCGCCCGUCUUCACUCGGGAUGGCAAGAAAUGGCUGAUCGAGUACCAGAAGAACAAGACGGAUUUGGUGGUGGAAGAUGCCGAAAUGAACAACGUGGUCUAUCUGUUCAAGUGCGAGAACUCCACCGUCCAAGUGCGAGGCAAAAUCAACUCAAUCACAAUGGAUUCGUGCAAGAAAACUUCCAUUGUCUUCGACAAUCUGGUGUCUUCCAUGGAGUUUAUCAAUUGCCAGUCCGUGCAGAUGCAGGUGAUGGGCAAAGUGCCCACAGUUUCCAUUGAUAAAACCGACGGCUGCCAGGUCUAUCUCAGCAAUGAGAGCCUGGAUGUGGAGAUUAUCAGCUCCAAGUCCUCGGAAAUGAACAUAUUGCUGCCAAAGGGCGAUGACUAUGUUGAGCACGCAGUGCCUGAGCAAUACAAGACUCGCAUCACCCCCAAUAAAACCCUCCACACGGAGAUCGUGGAGAACAAGGGCUAAACGCCCCCGGUUGCUUAAAGGGUAACAUCCAGCUCAUCCAUGGAUAUUACCGUUUAAUCCCAGCAGGAUUUAGGCGCUUAACUUCAUCGAAACGUUCUAGAUGUCCGUUUUGGGAGCCAAGUAAACUCUAACUAAAGUAAAAAGUUGUAUUCCGGCGCGUAAUGUUUAAGUCCUCCUAGGCCCUAAGUGUUUUUGUAAAUUCAUACAAACUAGCUUUUUAUCGGCAGUUUUAUCCUGCGACAUUAGCUACCAAGUAUUAAGAGCAUUUAUUUAUCAUUAUUAUUCCCAAAUAUUGGUGUGGAUUAGGUCAGCUUUUAUUUUACUAAGAGUUACUCAUUCGAUUAGAUAUUAAUAUUCCGCGACGGUAGACUACGAUCGUCCCAUUCAAGUGUAUCGAUUAGUUCUCAUGUAAAGCUUUCUAAUAAAUUUGUCAUGCAUAGCCAGUAA